AUGGACCCUAAUGCCGGCAUCCUUUACUCUCUUCCCCCCAGCCCUCCACCUUCCUUCCCUAUCGGAUUCCCUCCCGUCUCCUCCGUACACCGCCUCUCUUUCGUUCGGUUUGGCAGCCAAAGGAUUGUGACAAAGGAGGAGGAUGAGGAGGAGGAGGAGGAGGAGGAGGAGGAGGAGAAAGAGGGUGCCCUGUUGCGGAUCGUCGGAUGGAGAUGCAGCAUGACUUUGUGGAGAGUGAUUAAUGCCAUCCCCCUUUGUCUUGCGGCAAACAUUUGA